AUGGCCACUUUCGGACUGAUCCUGCUCUCCAUUUUCCUCCUGAGCGCCACCCUCACUUCCGCCCAGCAGAUCAGGGAGAAUGAGAAGGAGAAGGGGACGGAGCGAAGCGUGCGGUUGCUGGAUCGCUUCGAUAACCGAUACCCCGACGGGAGUUACGAGUAUCGAUUCGAGUUGGACGACGGAACGGCGCGGUACGAGCGAGGAUACUUCGCCAAGAUCAACAAUGUUAGGACCCUUAUGGUCGUGGGAUACUACGCGUACCGGAUGACCGACGGGCGGUUCAUCACCGUGUUCUAUAAUGCCGAUCAGUUUGGCUAUCGGCAAAAUCAGUCGAUCACGCCGCAAGAGUAUCCCAACCUGCCGCGCUCCAUCGAGGUGCCCAUGGCCAGCGAGUCGUCCAGCGCCGAUUCUCAAACCGUUUCCGAUUCCCGAUCCCAUCUGGAGUCCCUUGGAACCCCCCCCACAACGACGACUACGCCCCGGGGGGCGGGGACGAAUCGCAGGGGCCGCUACUGAGACCCCGUAAUUGCACACCAUCCUGAUUAUUAUUAUCAUC